AACGCAACGACGAGUAUGGAAUUGCUUAAUGUCUAAGACAUUACAGAUAGUAAAGCGUCUUUACAGAAAAUUCAAAUUCACUAUAAGUAAUACUUUUUUAUACUCUCAACUGGUGGUGAAAUUGAAUUAAGAAUGUUGAGCCGCCAUCUCCCAGAGGACGUGGUGACUGAAAUUUUGUCGACGCUGCCGGUAAAAUCGUUGAUGCGAUUUAAAUCUGUGAGUAAAGCCUGGUAUGCUCUCAUCAGAAACCCUCAUUUCAUCGCAAAGCACGACAAUUUCGCCAUUUCUGAUCACAAUCGCAAUCACUGUCGUCGAGUCAUCCUUGAGCGUUACCGAGCAAUAGAUACCCCACGUUUCUCCAUGCACUCUAACGACACCCUGGAGUUUUCCGGCGACAUACAUCUCAUCCCACAAUUGUUCUCAGAAGAUAUUAACCCAGUACUUUUCAUCGGUUCCUGUAAUGGAAUAGUUUGUGUUGUUGGUAUUUCUUCAGAGCGUUUUCAUUUUGGUCCUGAUCCAGACCGGGCUUGGGAGAUAGGGCUUUGGAAUCCUGCAACCAGAGAAUCUAAGAGGCUUCCGUUUGUCCCUCGCCCGCCUGAUUUUGUCCCUUUCCCCCCUGAUUUUCGCGUCCCGAGUUACAAGUUUGGCUUUGGUAUCGAUCUCAACACCAAUGACUUCAAGGUGGUUAAAAUCACGUGCUUCUAUUCUCCGCGGCAUUACCAAGUUGAGGUAUACAACCUUACUACUGAUUCUUGGAGAGUGAUUGAUGCAUCCCUCAACUUAGCCCAUUUUAUUUGUAGAUCUAAUUUUCCUUCAUACUUAAAUGGAUUCUGUUAUUGGUUGAUUUUUCCUCGGCGUUGCGACAGGGAGCAUAAUUUAUUGCUUUCCUUUGAUAUGAGCAAUGAGAUGUUCCGGGAAAUAAUGUUGCCUGAUGAUGUAAGAUCUCCUGCUGACAUUGCCAUUAUCAAUGACUCUGUAGCUGUGAUUUUUCCUACGUAUAGUAAUAGUAGUAGGAAUGACGUUGGAUUAUCAAUGGAGUAUGAAAUAUGGGUGAUGAACGAGUCUAUUGUGGAAUGUUCUUGGACUAAACUAUUUACGAUUGCAGUACCCAGCCGUCCUUUACAAUUUCGGGACGAUGGUUUGAUUGUGCUUAACGGCGGCCAUUGUGUUUCAGAUAAAUGUUUGGUAUUGUUUGAUCCAAGAACAGGAGAACUUAAGAAUCUUCCAAUAUAUGACGAAGGCUCGGAAAUGUUUAAGCUGGUGAGUUACAGAGAGAGCCUAGUUUUAGUUAAUGGAUGGAGGAAUGUGCUUGAGCAACAAUACACUUGAUCAUUAUGAUAUUG